UGCACUGCUGCACGAUUUAGUUGCAAACUUUUUAAAGGUCACACUCAAAACAAGCGGCGCCGUCUUGAUUUUCAAGUCUCUUCACGCUCGAGAGGGUCACCAGAAAACAAAGCUCUGUGUGUAUCGCAAACUUUGCCGCUAUUUAACCUGAAAAUGAAGCGUAGCAGCUCGGACACGGUCGAUGAAAUUCCUUGGACCGAUGUGCAGCAGGAACCGGCAAAGAAGCCCAAACCUGACAAUGUCUGCAGCGCCAUGGAACCGGUUGGCGUGUCGGAAGUCGAGAACGGUCAAAAAAACGGCGGUGAAAAUGGACACCACAACGGAGACUCUGGAGAAAGCAACGGCACUCAACAGGAAAACGGGUUUUCUAGCCUGGAAGAAAGCAACCCUUCGUUGACAGAGGUGGAGAACGGUGCGGGGGACCUGUUGUAUACUGAGGUCAUAGAAACCACCACGGAAGCCGUAGAAGAAACUGACAAGGUUGACUGGGUUGAGAUAUUAGACGCUGGUGAAGAAUGUGAGAAAAAUGAAGAAAAUUCCCAGUUGGAUGAGGAUGAAUCCAUGGACUUGCGGGUCUCGGAGGAAAAAGAAUCUGAAUCAGAAGGGACAGCGGAUUCAAAGUCCUUUUUCAAACUGCCACCAAAAGAGGGAACAUGGGAACAACGUUUGAUCUCUAUUCAUGAACUGCCAGGCCACUCAUUCAAAAUCAACGCUGUUGACAUGGUUGGCAACAUCCUUGUCUCCGCUAGUGACGACACAACUGUCAAGGCCUGGAACUUGGAGACAAAAGCGGAAAUCUGCACAUUCAGUGGCCACAAAGAGCCUGUCACUGCUGUCCAAAUUUUGGAUUUGGCUGCUUCAAGAGAAUUGUCCGAGGAUGGCCAUGUAGUCAUCAGUGGCUCCACAGACUGUUAUAUUAAAAUCUGGCUUGCUCCCUCAGGCAAGGAAAUCAAGUCCAUCUACACUUACAACCCAAUAAGUUGUGUUGCCUACAUCCCUUCUGAGGCAUUGAUUGUGACUGGCACAGAUGGAGGAAAACUUGAACUCUUUGACGCCAAAACAGGCAAACCUCUCCACUCAGAGCUUCCGUUUGAUCUUCCUGUUGUCUCAAUGAAGGUGUGUGGUGACAUGAUAAUUUGUGGAGACCCUCAAGGGCGGCUGCAAGUGUGGAUCUUGAGGGAGAGGAAGCUAAUCUUCAAGCGCACCAGCAACUCCAUGGAGACCUCUCGACUCAGCUUGGCUGGCAUUGACUUCUAUGGCUCCAGCAACAUAAUCGCAGGAUUGCUUUCCGGCAGCAUCAAGAAGAUGAGCUGGACAAAUGGAUCUGUCGUGAAAAUGAGGAGAGGAAAUAAAGACCGGGUUGACGCGCUGCAAGUAGUGAACGAGCUCAUGGUGUACACAACCUCCACAAAAGACAAGUCUUAUCUGCACUUCUACAACCUGCCGUCUAACAUCUACCUGGGAAGCGCUGAAGGACAUUGCCAGAUGACAAACGUGGCUGCUGUUCGCAAGGAUGGCCACUGGCACAUCGCCACUGGAGGCGAGAAGCUGCAACUCUGGGUGUGCAAUGGACUGGAACAGCAACAGAAAAGAGAUGGAAUGGUCGAGAUGUUCCUGCAGCCCCAAUCGGAAUCUCAAGUUGAUGAAUCUGACAGUGAGGAAGAAGAGGAUGAGGUGGUCAAAGAUGAGAAGUCUAACAGCUGGUGUAGUGUGAUGUAAAACACCAGUUGGAGCAGGCAUAGGUUAUACAUUAUCCCAUUCCUUGCUGGUAACUAGUGGAACACUCGAGACAAAUCUAAAAUACAUUGAUGCAAAUUUUGUGUCAAUUGACUUCCUGAUAAGUAUUCAGCCUGCAGCGCAACAUCUUCAGAAUGAAUUAAUUUUGCACCUCAAAGGUUUUGUUAUGUGUUGCAUGGCCACAUUUUAUCCUGUAUAUCACUACCUUUAAGGACUUGAAAAUGGAAUUUAGAAAUAUCCAGUGAUUUUAUGAAUCAAUGAUUUGGUGGCAAUCUGCUAUUGUUUUGUGUUUUCUUUUAGUAUGAAAUGCUCUCUUUAUGUAAUACACUUAUUUCUAGGUGAGCUAUUGUAAAGCCAACUUGAUUGGCGGUUCUCAUUUAUACAAACUCAAAGAAAUAAAAUACUCCAAUUCUUAUGUA